AUUUUCUUCUCAGCUUGAAAACGGUUCCUCUUCUCAAGCUAUAUCACCCCCAAAUUCUCUCCUCCCCUUCAUUUUCAUCUCUAUCCUUCUUGUACAUCGACAACAAAUCUCUAUCCUUGUUCUCUCUCCACAAUCCUUGCAUUAGCUGGUUAUCAUCAUUAGCGAGCCUAAAAGACUAGGAUCUAAUUAGUUGUUUCUGGAAAAGACCAUACAUUGAUAGACUAAGUUUAUGUCUUCCACGGCGGCGAUUCUAUCACCGACUCCCAAUCCGACGGCCAAGAUUGGUCCCCGUGUCAUGUCGGUGACCCGAAUGCCCUCGGCCUUCCUCCGCCCGGUCAGGUCCAUCUACCUGCCCGACGACUCCGGCGGCUUCAACCCCUCCGCCUACUUCUUCCCCGGCGCCGUCGGAUCCAGCCGUGCCGACUGGCAGACCUCCUGCGCCAUCCUCGCCAGCAAGGCCACCAAUGACCCCCAUCGCGACAAGAAGCCCUCCUCCGAAGCCGGUGCCCACCGCGACGCCGCUGCCGACGCCAAUGGAAACCAUCAUCUCACCUCGUCCUCGUCCUCUUCCGCCGCCGUGAACGGCCACAAGCCGCCCACUGAUGCUUCGACGACUCUGGAUCUUGUCCCGAUCGCGAACCUCCCGCGGCCGCUGACCAUCGCCAACCUCUCCCCGGCGCCGAUGAACGGGUCCCAUCUCCGCGUGGCCUACCAGGGGAUCCCUGGGGCCUACAGCGAGGAGGCCGCCGGCAAGGCAUACCCCAACUGCGAGGCCAUCCCCUGCGAACAGUUCGAGGGGACCUUCCAGACGGUGGAGCUCUGGAACGCCGACCGUGCCGUUCUCCCCGUCGAGAACUCCCUCGGCGGCAGCAUCCACCGCAACUACGACCUCCUUCUCCGCCACCGCCUCCACAUCGUCGGCGAGGUCCAGCUGCCCGUCCACCACUGCCUCCUCGCCCUCCCGGGCGUCCGCAAGGAGUACCUCACCCGCGUCAUCAGCCACCCCCAGGUCCUCGCCCAGUGCGAGCUCACGCUUACCGGCAUGGGCCUCAACGUUGCCCGCGAGGCCUUCGACGACACUGCCGGCGCCGCCGAGUACGUCGCCGCCAACGACCUCCGCGGCACCGCCGCCAUCGCCUCCGCCCGGGCCGCGGAGCUGUACGGCCUCCAGAUCCUCGCGGACGGAAUCCAGGACGACUCGAGCAACGUGACCCGGUUCGUGACGCUGGCCCGGGAGCCCAUCAUCCCGCGGACCGACCGGCCCUUCAAGACCAGCAUCGUUUUCGCCCACGACCGCCAAGGGACAUCGGUUCUCUUCAAGGUGCUUUCGGCCUUCGCCUUCAGGGACAUUAACCUGACGAAGAUCGAGAGCCGCCCGCACCGUCAUCGCCCGAUCCGGCUGGUGGACGACGCCAACGUAGGCACCGCCAAGCACUUUGAGUACAUGUUCUACGUCGACUUCGAGGCCUCCAUGGCGGAGGUCCGCGCACAGAACGCGCUCGCCGAGAUCCAGGAAUUCACCUCCUUCCUCCGCGUCCUCGGGAGCUACCCCAUGGACAUGACUCCGUGGACCGCCAACUCUCCUCCCUCAUCCUCCUCGUCUUCAUCCUCGUCUUCGCCUUCGACUCCGCCUCGCCAAUAUUGAUUGAUUGUUUCAUUGCUGGGUUACUUUUGGUGGGGUGGUUGGUGGUGGUACAGUGCUGCUGUUGUUAUUGUUGGCCGUUGUGCUGCCUCUACCGGACCACCUCCCAUUGGAAUUAAAAGAAAAUUAAAAACCUUUUUUAAAAAUUUAUUUCU